AUGGCUCCAAUGAACGUCCCAAAAGCAACCUACCGCCAACUCGGCCGAAGCGGUCUCCGCGUUAGCAACCCAAUCCUAGGCGCUAUGAGUAUCGGCGACAAACGCUGGCAGCCCUGGGUCAUCGAAGAAGACGACGCCUUGCCACUUCUCAAAGCGGCCUACGACCGUGGAAUCAACAGCUGGGAUACUGCUAACGUCUACUCCAACGGUGUAAGCGAGGAGAUUAUCGGCAAGGCAAUGAAGAAGUACUCGAUCCCGAGGCAGAAACUGGUGAUUAUGACGAAGUGCUGUGGGACGACGAGGGAGGGUAAUGAUGAGGCGACGUUGGCGGCCAAGGAUGUGGACCAGACAGUGGAUUAUGUUAAUCAGAGGGGGUUGUCCAGGCAGGGGAUUUUUAAUGCGGUUAAUGCGAGUCUUAAGCGGCUGGACACCGACUACGUGGACCUAUUGCAGAUUCAUCGGUAUGAUCCUACUGUGCCGGUGGAGGAGACGAUGAAGGCGUUGCAUGAUCUGGUCGAGUAUGGGAAGGUGAGGUACAUUGGGGCUUCCAGUAUGUGGGCGGUGCAGUUUGCGAACAUGCAGUGGACGGCAGAGAAGCAUGAGUGGACGAAGUUUGUGAGUAUGCAGGGGUGGUAUAAUCUGCUGUACCGGGAGGAGGAGAGGGAGAUGAACCGGUUUUGCUAUGACACUGGUGUUGGACUCAUUCCGUGGGGUCCUCUUGCACAAGGCUCUCUUGCACGCCCAUUGGACCAGACAGGCAAAACCGCUCGAUCCGAGGGCAAACCCAGCCCAAGCGAAACCGACUCAGCGAUCAUCGGUCGCGUCCAAGAGCUGGCGGAGAAGAAGGGCUGGCCCAUGGGCCACGUUGCCCUUGCGUGGAGCAACCAGCGUAUCAGCAGCCCGAUCAUUGGUUUCUCCAGCGUGAAGCGAAUGGAUGAGGCUAUUGAGGCCAAUGGUAAGGCGUUGACGGAGGAGGAGGAAAGGUAUCUCGAGGAGCUGUAUCAGCCGAAGCCGGUGAUGGGGUUCGAUACCAAGUUGGAGAGGCCGAAGAUGAAGUAG